AUGGAAGAUGCAGUGGAAAGGAUGGAAGAUGCGGUGGAAAGGAUGGAAGAUGCAGUGGAAAGGAUGGAAGAUACAGUGGAAAGAAUGGAAGAUGCAGUGGAAAGAAUGGAAGAUGCGGUGGAAAGGAUGGAAGAUACAGUGGAAAGGAUGGAAGAUGCAGUGGAAAGAAUGGAAGAUGCAGUGGAAAGAAUGGAAGAUGCGGUGGAAAGGAUGGAAGAUGCAGUGGAAAGAAUGGAAGAUGCAGUUGAAAGGAUGGAAGAUGCAGUGGAAAGAAUGGAAGAUGCAGUGGAAAGGAUGGAAGAUGCAGUGGAAAGGAUGGAAGAUGCAGUGGAAAGGAUGGAAGAUGCGGUGGAAAGAAUGGAAGAUGCAGUGGAAAGAAUGGAAGAUGCAGUGGAAAGGAUGGAAGAUGCAGUGGAAAGGAUGGAAGAUGCAGUGGAAAGGAUGGAAGAUGAGGUGGAAAGGAUGGAAGAUGCAGUGGAAAGGAUGGAAGAUGCGGUGGAAAGAAUGGAAGAUGCAAUGGAAAGGAUGGAAGAUGCGGUGGAAAGGAUGGAAGAUGAGGUGGAAAGGAUGGAAGAUGCGGUGGAAAGGAUGGAAGAUGCGGUGGAAAGGAUGGAAGAUGAGGUGGAAAGGAUGGAAGAUGCGGUGGAAAGGAUGGAAGAUGCGGUGGAAAGGAUGGAAGAUGAGGUGGAAAGAAUGGAAGAUGCAGUGGAAAGGAUGGAAGAUGAGGUGGAAAGGAUGGAAGAUGAGGUGGAAAGGAUGGAAGAUGCAGUGGAAAGGAUGGAAGAUGAGGUGGAAAGGAUGGAAGAUGAGGUGGAAAGGAUGGAAGAUGCGGUGGAAAGGAUGGAAGAUGCGGUGGAAAGGAUGGAAGAUGAGGUGGAAAGGAUGGAAGAUGCGGUGGAAAGGAUGGAAGAUGCGGUGGAAAGGAUGGAAGAUGAGGUGGAAAGAAUGGAAAAUGCGGUGGAAAGGAUGGAAGAUGCAGUGGAAAGGAUGGAAGAUGCGGUGGAAAGGAUGGAAGAUGCGGUGGAAAGGAUGGAAGAUGAGGUGGAAAGAAUGGAAGAUGCGGUGGAAAGGAUGGAAGAUGCGGUGGAAAGGAUGGAAGAUGAGGUGGAAAGGAUGGAAGAUGAGGUGGAAAGAAUGGAAGAUGUGGUGGAAAGGAUGGAAGAUGCGGUGGAAAGGAUGGAAGAUGCAGUGGAAAGGAUGGAAAAUGCGGUGGAAAGGAUGGAAGAUGCAGUGGAAAGGAUGGAAGAUGCGGUGGAAAGGAUGGAAGAUGCGGUGGAAAGGAUGGAAGAUGCGGUGGAAAGGAUGGAAGAUGAGGUGGAAAGAAUGGAAGAUGCGGUGGAAAGGAUGGAAGAUGCGGUGGAAAGGAUGGAAGAUGAGGUGGAAAGGAUGGAAGAUGAGGUGGAAAGAAUGGAAGAUGUGGUGGAAAGGAUGGAAGAUGCGGUGGAAAGGAUGGAAGAUGCGGUGGAAAGGAUGGAAGAUGCGGUGGAAAGGAUGGAAGAUGAGGUGGAAAGAAUGGAAGAUGCGGUGGAAAGGAUGGAAGAUGCAGUGGAAAGGAUGGAAGAUGUGGUUUGA